AUAUCCAAGUUGCCGGGUUUCCCAAGUUGUUGUAGACAAAAAGUCACAGUUAAUAGUGAAUUCCUAAUGUGGUGUUUCAUAAAACACCCGUUUGGUCGGCGACUCGAAUCUCUGUCAGUUGUGGAGGGGGGGAUUAUAAGGUCCCACUUGAGCAUGAGGUUUUGGUUGUUUUUGUGUAGAGAAACAGCUGAUGCGAUUGUUACUGGCAGAGGUGGCCAGGUGGAGAGACUGGUGGUUGCCGCCCUGGAGAUAUCGAGUUCCACGACCCAGUUGUUGGUGUCCAGCCGUGUGAAAGCUAGCACCACAUCGAAGUGCCUCGCUGGUCUGGAGAAUGCAGCCAAGGAGGUAUCGAAAAUGACAGGCAAAGUUGUUGCUGCCGCCAACAACGCCUCUUCCACUGACAAGCAGUUGGGUAAGCUUAAUAACAUGGAUUUCGCGAAGCUCUCCUUCACUCAGGCCCACAAAGAGGAAGUCGACACUCAAGUACGCGUUCUCGAGCUAGAAGCGCAACUCACAGCAGAGAGAAUGCGGUUGGCCGGAAUUCGACGAUUCAAUUACUCGAAUUCAGCCGAAUUCGAACAGGUGAGGCCCCGGCGUUGUUCACCUUGA